CUUGAUACUUUUGCAUUGCAUUCUACGGCAUCUGGAGCAUUUAACAGCCAACCAGUAGGCGUUGACGUUUUCUCGGCGAGGAGGACCAAGGCGUUUGGCGUUUACGAGUUUUCUCUUUGAAAUAAACACAAACGCGUUGGGUGGGCUUCCUGUUUCCAAGCAGGACUGGAACUAGCGUGGAAAUUCAAAAUGGCUUCGAAGAGAAAACGCAAGAAGAAGCGGGUUGGUGAGACGAUGGAGCGCUAUAAAACGCCGCUUGUGUUCGCAGAGAGCCCCAUAGAGGGAGAUAAGCACUAUCGUACGCCAGUGCAAGCGGCAAGAAACCCCUAUCUAGCUCCCUCUAUCCCAGUAGACGAAUUUGAUGCUAAAUGGGUAUCACCUCACUUCCCUAACAACAUCUCAUCAUUAGACUUGGCUAUUCUGGGCAAACUUCGAGGACGACAAAGAGUGAACCCAAGAAAAAAAGGGAAAGAAAAUAACAAACAAAACCCUACAAAAGCAGCAGUGAAGACCCUUGACUUUAGGCAUGAAACAAGAAGUGCACAUAGGAGCACUACCAAACAUGACAAGCGGAGAAGAUCUGCAAGAUUGAGAAAUAAGGACAUGGGGGAGACAAGGAAACACUUUUUAUUUAGAGAGAUUGAAUCACAAUUCGAGAAGAGAACUUGCACAAGAAUCCUUGCUCCUGAUACACCUGGUGAAUCCCAAUUCCCUGUUGUUCUAAGAAGACUAAGGAACAAAUCAAGAAAAUCUAGAGUCUAGUGGUUGUAUCUAGAGUUCUAGACUGGUUCUCACACCACCCGUUAAACAAUGAAGUAAAUUUUAAUAAAUGUAGUAGUCAUGCAAGGACUACCCUGCAUGCUGCGGACAUUUGGUGGUAUUCCACCCCUCCCGCCCCCAAAAAAAACAGCCUUGACGAUUUAACCGCCAUCUUGGAUAUUAUCUCAAAAUCAAAGAUGCCAUAUGUUGUUUUUUCGUAAUAAAAAGGGCUGCAUGCAGGCUAGGUAAGACAAAAGAGAAAAAAAUAGAGUGAAUUAGUGCUAUUUUACAGGUAUAUCGAAACCACUCUUAUUAUAUCAUUUAUUUAAUAGCAUAUUGUAUAUAGAUUAUAUAAAAUAAGAUGUUAGUUACAAUAAAUCUAUUUUAUAUGAAACAAAUAAGAUUAUAAUAAAAGAAAUUCCUCUUUA